AGAGAGAGCGCACAGAGUGCACGUUAGCGCACUUCACGGAAGUGUGAAUGCAUAUAGUCACCCUAACUAAGCCAAAGCCAGCAGCAGCACCACCAGGCACCAGGCACCAGGCACCAGGCACCAGGCACCAGCUUCUUCCUCCUGAGUCCUCUCAUGUCUUUCACUCUCACUCAAACUCUCUCUCCCUCUCUCACUAAUUAGGGUUUCUCUUUCGCUUCCUCCAUUUUCAAUGCCUGCUAAUUCCCACUGCAAAUUCCCAAUCCUGACUACUCAUAGACUUUCGCGCUUCGAUUCAGAGCCAAUUGCUCCCGAUUCUUUCACGAUUGUUUCGUGCCAUGCCGCCUAGUCGGAGAAAGGGCGGAAAAAACCCGCCGGCGGCGGUGGCGGCCGCAUGCCGCCAGUUUAAGCUCGGCGAUCUCGUGCUAGCCAAGGUCAAGGGAUUCCCUGCUUGGCCUGCGAAGGUGAGUGAGCCGCAGAAGUGGGGUUUCUCUGCUGAUCAGAAGAAAGUAUUUGUUUACUUCUUUGGAACCCAACAAAUAGGUUUCUGCAAUCCAGCUGAUGUUGAAGCAUUUACUGAAGAGAAGAAACAAUCUUUUUCCAAACGUCAAGGAAAGGCUGGUGAAUUUGCUCGUGCAGUGAAGGAGAUUAUUGAAAUUUAUGAAAAACUGAAGAGAGGAAAUACAGAUGCUGACACUAGCUCUGGCGUUGAAGUUGCUAGUGUAGAUGAGUCAAAUCCGCCUGAUCCAUCUGCCAACAUGGGGUUAAAGGAUCAGAUGGAUGCUCCUUUGACAAUUGAUUCACAAAUGACAUCUUCAAAUUGUGCAGUUGACCGACCUGAGCUAUGUGCAGCUGAGGAUGACUCAGCUGUUGCAUUGAGGGAUGAAUCUUAUAACAUAGAGGCAUCAUUGGAGGAACCCAUUGAUAAUGGUAUUGUGACUUCAACUGUAAAGUCACAUUUUUCUAUAACUCAGGGAAAUAAUGGUGGCAACAGUGAUGGCAACAUACCAGCUGAUGCAAUUCAGAAUAUGUCUAUAAGAAGGAGUAAACGUAUCAGGAAAUCACCUGACCUUUUAGGUUGUGAUGAUACUGAUUCACCUGCAUUUGCCUCAAAUGUUAGCAUGGGGGACAAUGAUUCUGAAAUCAUUACAAUCAAUUCUGAUGCUGUUAGCUUAAAUGAGGGAUGUCCAAUAGAUUCUAAUUUAAAACUUGAACAGUCUGAGCCUAUUGAGUGUCCUGACGGGAAAGAUGAUUUGAACAAAGGCCUUGAUCUUGAAAUAAAGGCUGUUAUCAACAAGAAGAAAAGAAAACUAAACAGGAAGAAGGAAACUAAUGAUGCUGCUUCUCAGAAUGCCAGUCAAGGUUUGCAGAAUAUGGGUGGAAAUUCAAAAGAGAGAUGCCCUGACCCAGAUGGAGAUGAGCACUUGCCCCUUUUGAAACGAGCCAGAGUUAGAAUGGGUAAAUCAUCUGCAGAGACAGAAAUCAAUAGCGUUGUACAAGUUGAGGUGAAAAAUGGUAAGGAAGAUAUUACUGACUCACCCCAGCAGAUAAUCACAUCCUCAAAUUGUGAAAAUGGUAGCCUUGCUGAAGGAGGCUCAUCAGUGUUGAAUGAAGCUUUGGUAAAUGUUUCUCCUUCAAACUUAAUAGCUCCACCAAGUUCUGAAAAUCAAUCUCAGAUUUGUAAAAUUAAGAAAGACCAAGUGUUUGGCUGCUCUGUGGAUGAUGAAGCUGCUUUACCUCCAUCUAAACGCAUCCACCGUGCUUUAGAAGCUAUGUCUGCCAAUGCUGCUAAAGAAGGCCAAGCUUGCAUGGAGACAUCCUCUGUAAUGACAUCGAGUGGAAGAUGCUGUAUAUCUACUAUCAAGAGAUGUGCUAGUAUAACCAUUAAUAAUCAAGGAGGUAAUGAUUUAGGACAACAAGUGUUUGAUUCUUGUGGCAUUGAUUCUUCUCAUGUUAGUGUGUGUAGUUUCUCAACUCGUUCAAAUACAAUUAUUUCCAUGGAGAAUGAGUCAUCUACAGAAGUGGAUAAGCAGUUGGCCAAGUUCCAACAACACGAAACUGGGAAGGAUGACAUCCCAGGUGCUAGACAACAAGUUGCUGAAGAUCUUAGUGAUUCUGUUGUUUGUCAUCCUGCCAAAAUAGAUUCACAAAUUCAAUCACAUGAAAAAAUUUCUCCUAAUCUCGAUUUGAAAUAUAGUCAUGUUGGAAGCAAUCAAGAUUCACCAGGUCCAUCUUUGUUACCAAAUGGUGAUGACAAUGUCAGACCUGUGAACCAUUCUGAUGCAUCUGAUACAUUGGAGCAUGGUGGAAUAAGUCUUGAUCCUGUGGCAGGUUCCAGUGAAAGUGAUAAAUUGUUACCUCAAAAUAGUAUUAAUGUGCCUCAGAAUGUGGUGGUUGUUUGUGAGGAUAUGAAGCAAGCUGUUGGUGAAAGCAGCAAAAUUAAUAACAUGCUUGAAGCUGUGAAAGAGGUAAAGUUUAAAGGUCUAGAGGAGGAUAUGCAUUCUGUUUCAAUAUCAAAUGAUUAUUCAGGUGAAAAGGGUAAUUUAGGCAUUCUGUCAAGCCCAUCCUUGACUGACGGGAGGGUUUCCCUUCCUCUAGGUUCACCUCCAAAUACAACUUCAGUUUGUAAUAUUUCCACGUCAGACAGUAGUAAUAUACUUCAAAAUGGAAGUUGUAGCCCUGAUGUACACCAGAAGAACACUUUAUCUGGCCCUACUGGUGGAUGGAAAGACGGGAUUGUGGCAAAUGAACAAUCAAGAUGUGUGGGGUCAACUGAAGCAGGAGAUGCUGCUCUGUUGUACUUUGAAGCAAUGCUUGGGACAUUGAAAAGGACAAAGGAAAGUAUUCGUCGAGCAACACGAAUAGCUAUUGACUGUGCAAAGUUUGGCAUUGCAACUAAGGUGGUAGAAGUUCUUAUCCACAAUCUGGAAAUUGAGUCAAGCCUGCAUCGGAGGGUAGAUCUGUUUUUUCUUGUUGACUCUAUUGCUCAAUGUUCUCGAGGGUUGAAAGGAGACAUUGGUGGAGUAUAUCCAUCUGCUAUGAACGCAGUCCUGCCACGCCUACUGUCUGCUGCUGCUCCUCCUGGAAAUGCUGCAAAAGAAAAUCGUAGGCAAUGUCUUAAGGUAUUAAGGCUGUGGCUGGAGAGAAGAAUUCUUCCUGAACGCGUUAUUCGGCAUCAUAUCCGGGAACUAGACUCAUAUAGCAGUUCAGCUUCUGCAGGUUUCUGCUCCCGACGUUCAUUAAGAACUGAGAGGCCUUUUGAUGACCCUGUUAGAGACAUGGAGGGUAUGCUUGUUGAUGAAUAUGGAAGCAACUCAAGUUUUCAGCUACCUGGGUUUUGCAUGCCUCGAAUGCUUGAAGACGGAGGGAGUGAUUCUGAUGGAGGGGACUUUGAGGCUGUCACGCCUGAGCAUGAUUCUGAAACUUGUGAAUUGCAAGAAACUGCUCAUGCUAUUGAGAAACACAGGCAUGUGUUGGAAGAUGUUGAUGGUGAGCUUGAAAUGGAAGAUGUGGCUCCCUGUGUUGAUGUUGAAUUGAAUUCGAUUUGUAAUGUUGACAGAGGAAAUGCCACACAGUUUGAGAAGAAUCUUCCUGUGUCCUUUGCUCCUCCUUUUCCACAGGAUGUGCCACCAUCUUCCCCACCUCCACCAUCAUACCCUCCACCACCUCCACCUCCUCCUCCUCCUCCUCCUCCUCCUCUUCCUCUACCUCCACUACCCCCUACAUCGCACCUUUUGUCAGCUACCCCUGAUCAAUAUCAUGUUGCAGUUGAUUCAAAAGUUUUUGAAGAUUCACCGACCGUGAAAGCCAAUGUACACCAUCCUAUCGCUCAGCCCUUUGCUGUACCAAGAAAUAGUCAGCCUAUCAGUGAUGCAGUGCAGUACCCAGUCCAGGAAUGUAGAGACAUGCCGAUGCAGAUGCCUGAGUCUACUAGCUCUUUCAACACUUUGCCUGCACAAUCAACAGACAAUAUCAGGAACGCUGAUGGUGUUACUAUGCAUAAUAGAGGUUACUCUAUACCACCACCUCUCCAUGUGCCAUCCGAUCAGUUUUCUUUUGUUCAUGGGGAACAUCGUAUGAGAUCUCAAAGGGAGGUUCCCCCACCUCUGUAUUCCAAUGGGCACCACUUUGUGCCGAACAUGAUGAGAGAGUAUGGUUUUGACAAUCAUGAGAGAUUAAGACCACCUUCAUAUGAUUACCAAGAGAGAUGGAAUAUUCCUGCUUCUUAUUCUGGUCCUCAGUAUCAUGAUAGAGGUGUGACUGCUCCUUAUGGUUGUCAUCCAAGUGAAUCAGCUAGAUUACCAGGUCAUGGAUGGAGAUGUCCUCCCCCGUCAAUGGAUUACGGGGACUCCAUGCCUUUCAGACCACACUUUGAAGAUGCAAUUCCAGUAGCAAACCGAGCAUCACCUCUUUCAGAAAUGGGUGCUUCACAAUCAGUCACAGAAAAAACCAUCCAUGAAUUCACGGUCAAGGAUGCCAAGGGCAGAGACGUGAACCUCGCCACCUACAAAGGGAAGGUUCUUCUUGUAGUUAAUGUCGCUUCAAAAUGUGGAUUUACGGAUUCCAAUUACACCCAGUUAACUGAGCUUUACAGCAAAUACAAAGACAGAGGUCUUGAGAUAUUGGCAUUUCCAUGCAACCAGUUUUUGCGGCAAGAGCCUGGGAGUAGCCAGGAUGCAGAGCAAUUUGCCUGUACAAGAUACAAGGCUGAGUAUCCCAUUUUUGGAAAGGUACGUGUCAAUGGACCUGAUACAGCACCUGUCUACAAAUUCCUUAAAGCAAAUAGAUCAGGAUUUCUGGGUACUAGGAUAAAGUGGAACUUCACCAAGUUUUUGGUUGACAGGGAAGGGCGUGUCAUCCAGCGUUAUGGUCCAACCACCCCACCAUUGUCCAUUGAAAAUGACAUCAAGACAGCAUUGGGGGAGGCUUGAAAGACCUUACAAUCACUUCAAACUGGUGCUCCUGUUGAAGAUGAUUGAAACAUAAGGAUUGUAUAUUUUGUAGAUGUUUCUUCUAGUGAUUAUUUCUUAUAUAUUUCAUGCCUAGUUUUUUUUUUUCAGUGUUUGUUGUAUUAAAAUUAAAAUUCUGUUUGAUCUUGUGAUAUAAAACGUUAUUUAAAGAUUAAUUAAUUGGUUUGAGUUGUUUGUUA